GAGGGCAGUGGUUGGUGGUUUAGAGAAAAGGAGGCAGCAUGAAAAAAAACAGACAGAGCAUGGAAAAGAGAAGCAUGGAGGGGAGAACGUGAGGGGGUGUUGGAGGAGGAGGAGGAGAGUCUGAGAAACAACUUAAAACAGUGAGAACUCCAGCCUGCCAUGAGCACACGGAGAGAGCAGCCACAGUGGGAACAACAGACAGAGAGAGUAAAGACCACACUCAUCCAUCAGCAUUAAACAGACAUGGCAUCAUUACCCAAAAACCAGGCUGCACUUCUCCUUUUUGCCUCGCUUGUCAUCCACUUCCACCUCUUCAUUCAUGCUGCCUCUACGUCUCCACCCGUCACUCACAAACGGACCAUAAUCAUGACUGCCUUUGGCUCAGAUGAUGACUACGAUGAGGACGACUACGGCAUCCACAGCCCUCCCCCUAAGGUGUUUGCCUCUGUGAAGACUCCCCUUCUCCGCUCAAAACCCAUGCUCUGCGUGUACAACCCCUGCUUGGAGAAACAGGACCCCUGUGAACGUCUCUCUGCAGAAACUGGCUGCCUCUGCCCCGGCAUGAGUGGAUCCGAUGAGCCUCCUCAUCCACCACGCAUCCAAGCUCUGACGGCAGUCAGUGAAGGGAAUAACAUCGGGAAGAUAGAGGUGCAGUGGUGUGCUCCAUCUUCUGUGGUGACGUCUUACAAAGUGGUGGUAGAGGGAGCAAGCACUGAUGCUGUGGAGUACGGGAAUGAUUCACGAAGAGGUUAUCUGGGAUCUUUGGAGGUUGGUACGAGAGUGUGUGUGGAAGCAGUGAACAGUGCAGGACUCAGCGGUUCGUCAGAGUUCUCCUGCAAGCGAUAUGAGCACACCGCAUCUUCUGGUCAUAACCUGCUGGUCUGGGUCAUCGUAGGAGGAGUUGCCCUCCUUUUGCUUCUCGUCAUAACAUCUGUGAUUCUGUGGAGAUAUCAAAUGUGUCAGAGGGCAAAGAGACACUCAGCUGAUGGACUAGGGAACCCCUCUUACAGUACUGAGCGAACACUGUGAUGCAGAGCAGUGGAGUAAGGGCGGUUCAAACACAGAACGAGCUGCUUGGUCUGUGACGAAGAGCAGCUGUCUGAUCAGGAACAAAACACCAACAGUUUUUGAGCGCUUUGUUUAAUUGAUUAUAGAAUAAAAUAAGAUGUUAAAACUCCUGUUUCAAGGAGUCAGUACACAUAAUCAAACAAAGUGCAGCAACUCAUUGAAUAAUAUUAACAAACUUUGUAAUAUGUUAUUUGGGAUUUUGAACUACGGGUUUGUUUGCUGGCGAAUUAACCUUUUUUAUCUUUUUUUUUUAAUUCUGUCACUGCUCAAUAUACUUGUACAUAUUCAUUUUUAGGAUUUAACUACAGAAUCAUGUUUUCUCAAAAAGUAAAUAAAAUUACAAUAAUUUUGUAAUAGAAAAUGCAUAUAUUUUUAGUUGUAAUAAAGUAAAUUAAAACC